UGCGUUAACGCCAUUUGCAAUGCCAUCAUGCGACGUGUUUCAGCCAUGUCCAUCCGCCACCCCCAUCCAUGCAUGAGUGAAUUCGCAGAGAGAAGCAAGCUGAGAAGUAAUUGAGCAUGCUCAUCGGUCCAUUCCAUUCAUUCCCUGAGCCACUGGCUGCUGGCCUGGCUGUUGUCGCUUCGCGUGCACCUUUGACCCAUGCAUCAGACAUCAGAUGUGUGUACAGCAGCAGGCAGACAGACAGACAGACAUCGAGGCAUGCCCGGCUUGGCUAAAUUCGGGCGUGCGGCCAAGGAAGGAAAAGGCAAACAGGCGGCAAGACAGACAGACAGACAGUACAUAAGGGUUACGAAUCUACACACCAAGCAUCCAGACAGACCUGUGUGUGCAUCAUCAUGACCGAAUUGACUUGACGUCCCCUCCUCUCGCCCCGUCGAGUCGGCCAGCCACUCCCCCUCCCUCACACACACACACACACACGCCACAUCGCACUCACUCUCCUGUCCCUGGCCGCACUCUCCCAACAGCAGCACACAGAGACGGCCAGACACCCGACCCGGUGUGGUUACCACACGCUUGUAUACAGACAGACAUACGUACAGAGCUCGAGAGAGAGAAAGGCACGGAAAAAGCCGUCAGUAAGGCAGUAAGUCGCUCGGUCAAUUGGUCGGCCGAUCGGGCCAUCGGCCGAUGGAUGGAUGGAUGGUGGGCCGGUCGAUGCAUCCAUCCAUCCAUCAGUAAGGUUGGGCUAGGUGUCUAUCUCGCGGCUUGCGCCGCGCUUUGGUGUCGCUCCCACCGCCACCACUGCUGCUCCCGCUAACAGCACUAACGCCACUAACGCCGCUGGCAGCACCAGAAGCACGCCGCUUCUCGUUCGCCACGGCAAUGGAGCCGUCUGAAAGACACACACAGAGAGAUGGGCUCUGCACUGGGUGGUGUGUGUGGCGUGGCAAGUGGCCGUGAUGGCUUGGCUUGCUCACCCUGGUUCAUGACGACCUCAGUCAUCUUCCGGAAUGAGUAUCGCAUGUAGGUAGCCUCGCGGCUGCCCUGGCUGCGACGGGCACCGUUGAACUCGCGGCUGAUGGCCGUGGCACUCAGAUCUGACACACAACACGACCCACCCAAAGGCACCAGAUGGCAUUGAGGGUCCUCCUUCUCUGGUUGGUUGGGGUGGGGAGUACCUACCGAGUGCCUUGGCGGCAUCCCGCAGUGAGGUGAAGUAUCGCUUGCGAGCCUCACCUUUCUCGUCCGUCCAAGUCACCCUGCACACAACACACACACACCACCAACACGAGGGAGGGACACGAUGAAUGGGAAUGCACCACCCGUCCCCCUCUCUCUCGGCCUCUUUCUUCCUUACUCUAGCGGCGUCGAGUUGGGCGAGCUGGCGUCCCCCUCAAAGCACACAAUGCGGUCGCCGAUCUCCACCUCCCGCACCAGCAAAGUGAUCCCGGCAGGCCGACCCACACGUGGGGCACACGAAUUGUCAAACGGCGAGGGGGACCGCUUGGCCUUCCGGGGGGAGGCCGGUGACACCUGCGACAGCACCUCGUGGAAGGGGUGGUCCGGCGCCGCGUCGGCCGCAGGAGGAGCAGCAGCAGGCCGGUCGUGUUGCUGCUUGUUGGCGGGCGACGGUCCGCGGCUCAUCUGGAAGGGGUUGACGGGGUGGACGCGGGGAGGGGGCGAGGGGGGCAGAGCGGUGGAGCAAGGUGUGAUGCCACCCACCUGUUUAGUUUGACACACGCACAAGACAGACAGAGAGAGAUGGUCGUUUGAGUGCAUUGCAUGGGGUGCUGUGCUGGUGGCGAUGCCGCCCCGCCCCGCACCUGUGUGGGGUUCAUGAAUUCCGGCUCGUCGUCGCUGGUGGGGAUGCGGUCGAAGGCAUACACAUCACGGUCGCUGAUCUGCUUGCGCUUGUUCAGCAGCUGAGACAAAUGAGACUCAACUGCACCACACCACACCACACCAGACACAAACAAAUCCCACUGAAAUCAGCACGGAGUGUGCCGUUCAUUGUGUCGUUCAUUGUGUGUCCCCGCCCUCCCCACGUGUACUGAUAUUGAGGAAACGUGAGGCCUCUCUCUGCGUGGAGAAGUAAUGGCACUUGCCCGUCUCCCGGUGCACGGCGCGUAUCUUGAGGGGCGGCCGCCAACCCAGAUACCCGCCACACCCAAUUCCAAUCCCAAUCCCAGCCCCAGCCCCACCCCUGCCCACUCCGCGGCCCUUGCCCUUCCCCUCCCCAGACGCGUCGCCCUCUUCUUCAGCCCCCACUUCUUCCGCCUCGUCAGGCUGGCCGAGCGUCGCAAGCAGGAUCUUCUUGUCGUCGGCGGCCCCCGCCCCCUCCUCCCUCUCACGCCUGGUCCGUCGGCUCCUGGUCGGGCGACGGCUGAGCUGCCUGGAGACGUCAGCGAGCACGGCCAGGUCUGCGUGGGCGGCCUCAUCUUGCUGCUCGUCUUGGUCCCCCUCGGGAGCCGCCAUCUCCACCUCCAAGUCAUCCGACCGACCCUUCCUGCUCGCGCGGCCCCGCUGCGCCCGCGUGACCCGUCUGCAGUCCCUGUUGGGCUGCUCACCCUCCUCAUUGCUAUCGUCUCUAUCCACCGCUCGUGUCCUGCGCUGGCCUCUCAGGCCCUUCUGACGACCGGUCGGCUGAAUCACGGGCGGCGCCUCGAUGCGCAGAGGGCGUCGCUGCGGUGUCGGGUCGUCGUCUUCUGAGGAUGAGCUGUCGCCACUGGAGGCACUAGAAGAAGCGCUCGGCUGGUCAGGAAAUUUACCCCCUCUGCCGCAGUAGCUGUUGAUGGUCGGCUGGCGGGCGGGGAACAGCAUUGACGAGCGGUGGACGGCGGGGCUGGGGGCGGGGGGAGGGGCCAGCCAGAGAUUGGGGUUGUGUGAGGGCAUCUUCAUGGCAGGCGGGUGCGGCGGCUCCAUCCACACACCGUCGUGCAUCGUGUGUGGUGGCCCCCUCAGCACCGCUGCUCUUCCCCUCGCGAAAACCUGACCCCCAUCGAAAAGAGCCAUCGAGUGGUCGCCCAUCGUCGGCGCGUCAUCCAUGCCGCCGACGAAGCCCCUCGUCGGCGGGUGGGGCUGGAACGGGUCGAAAAAGUAGCCAGGGUGGUGAUGAGGGUCGCCGUCAUGGUACGUGUGUGCGAAGGGGGGCGGGUAGUCGUGCGAGGGAGGGCUGACGGGGGGCGGGGUGGAGAGGCGGAGAAAGCGCCGUGAGUGUAGCUGAUGGUCCAGCUCCUCUUGUCCGUCAAAACCGCCGUCGUCUCGCAUGUCCACAUUCAGCUCCUCCCACCCAGGGAUAGAAUCCCCCACAUGGCUCCAAAAGUCAGCCAUCCCACUCGAUGCCAUGCUGACUGACGGCAGACCACCAGCGCCUAGCCGCGCCAACGCCCACACGUCUGCGAGCCUCAGACGUCGACAGCCGGAGACGGACGGUCAGUGGUCUUCAGGAGAGGGCUCCAAACGGGCCCACCGGGGUAUCUCAGGGCGGCCCGGCGUGCGGCAGAGAUGCCAACCGAGGGAAGGACAGCAAGAGAUGGGCAGAGUGGACCAGCAGCGGUGCUGCCCAAUGGCCAGGCAACAGCAAGAAGGCUGUAGUGGUAUCUCUUGUGGCCUGCGAAGGGCCUUCACAACGCCGACGACACGUGUGGACCGAAAUAGAUACCCCGGGGAAGAAAUGGACGGACAGAUCGGGUCAAGGGAGGGGAGCAGAAGGACAGAAGGAGAGAAAGAGGCGAAAGAAGACGAACGUGUGUGUUCGGUUCAGGCGGGUGGAGCCUGGUUU